GUGAUCGCGCUUUUCGGGCAGGGUUGUAGAUAUUUGUCCACCUUUGAACAGUUCGGGGUACCACCGCAGGAAUGUUUAGCCCGCGUACCGCCCCGGUCUCCGGCCGCAGGCAGCAGGGCAGGACCGCCGGGAGGAAGAGUGUCUCCGGUGCGGCCCCGACCCUGCUGUUCUCCCCGCGCAGGACGCCGCUGUCGGCGAGAUCAACACCUACCAGAGUGCAGAGCCACGCAGGUGCAGAAACCAUCAACUAUGAUGUGCAGACCUUUGGUUCAUCGCUCCCGGUCAAAGUUAUGGAGGCACUGACAAUGGCUGAUGCUGAUGAUCAGAUCUCAGUGAAGGUAAAUGAGAGCGGCUGGGCCUGGAUGGUUUGUGGAGAGAGUCUGAUCAUAUGGAAGAUCUGCCAAACUGCUGUGGCUAAGCUCUCAGUUUGUAAGGAGUUGCAGCUGCCCAGCAGUGAGUACAAUUACACCGCCGACCUUGUGGCCUUGACAUCCGCUGCUCCCCUGGAGGUGGCUGCCGUUCAGUCCAUCUCUGUCCUGGCAGUAGCUGCAGAAGGAACGGCUCGCUUCUGGCCCAGCCUCUCCCAGGAGGGCAACUACACAGAGACUGAUGUGGACCUGGGAAAUCUCUGCAACUUUGUUGUUGCUGUCAGAAGUGGAAGCUUUGUCCUGUCCUCAGUAAAGAAUCAGCUGUUGAGAGCGAGUGCAGAUUCUUCUGGGACCCUUCAGUAUCGAGCUCUGCAGCAGGGUCAGGGUAUGCUCUCCGGCAUUGGACGCCGUGUCUCCAGCCUGUUCGGCAUCCUUUCAACACCAGCCAAUGAUACACUCCGCAGCCUGCUGUGGGUGGGGGAAAGUAGCUCCCUGUACACACUCACUGAUUCCAGUCUGAGUAAAUGGGAGGUUGACGACAGCUCAGAGCACCAGAUCCUCAGCUGGGACGCCCGCAGAGUUCUAAAGGAGAGCAUCGCGGAUGCCAUCUGGGGGUCAGAGAGCAACUAUGAGGAGAUGAAGGAGGGAGUGAAUGUGGCAUACCUGGACAUGAAGCUCAGCCAAGCCGGCCUGGUGGUUUUGGCCGCAGCCUGGCACCCAUCAGACACUCCCUGUCUGGCCUACUUCUGCCUGGUCACCCUGCUGGACUCCGGAGCCACCAUCUCUGACCAGUUCACCGUGGAGGUCACGAAGUACAGCUCUCCCUUCCAGAGUGAGGAGACCCUUCAGGCCACUCGGCUGGUGUUACCACGUUCUCCCGGCUCCACGGCCUUUCUGUACAGCGAGGAUGUGGUAUUCGCCUGCUCGACCGGAACCAGCAGGGUCACGCUAGCUGAUGAGAAAAUCAGCUUUAACUCACCAGGUGAUGGUGUGCGUGGAGGAGGCUGUUGUGCCAACCUGCCCAUCUUUUUCUCCCAGAACAGCGGCCUGGUGGCAGUGGUGGCCAGAGAGAGCGCCUCCAUCCUGCCAGAGACCAUGGAGGACUCCCUGUGCUCCUCACUGGCUGCAGCCCCAGAGGUUUCAGCCAUGGAGACUCCAACCAGAGCGGAGCCCAUAGCCCAGGAGGACAAAACCAAACUCCUGAAGGCGGCCUUCCUGCAGUUCUGUCGUAAUGACCUGGUUGGUGCUCAGACAGUCAUAGAUGAGCUGUUCCCAGCUGACAGUGAUGGGGAGGAGGGAACUGAGCUGGACAGCAUGGUGACUCAAAUCAACCUGGACUUGGUGGAUGAUUACCCGGCCUCUGACCCCCGCUGGGCUGAAUCUGUUCCCGAUGAGAGUGCCGGCUUUCCUCUCACCUCCCUCAUCAUCCUCCACCAACUGGAGGACAAGAUGAAGGCCCAUGGCUGCUUCAUGGACUUCCUGCUGCAGGUGGGUCUGCUGGACCGGCUCACUCAGGUGACUGUACGUUCAUCGCCCAUGGCAACACGCCUGCUGAUGUGCGAACACGCCGAGAAGCUGCAGGCAGCCAUGGUGCUGAAGAACCACCACACCAAACACUCUGAGCUGGUCAACCGGGCCAUCAGCGCUGCGCUGCAGAGGAGCAACACCUCCGUGCCGCCAAGCCUCACUGCUGCCGACGUCUUCUUCAGAGAGGUGUCUCAGAUGUCCUCAGUGUUUGAUUGUCUGCUGGAGGAGGAGGAGCGGAGUCUGAAGGAGAGCCCGGUUGACUCGGUGCAGUGGGCCGAAGUGGUCCUCACAGUCAACAACAUCAUCAAGGAUAUGCUUCAAGCUGCUGGUCAGUACAGAGAGACGAAGGCCUCCAUGUACAGAGCUUCUGAAAAUGCUGCCGCAGAGCCCGAGUACAUCCCGUGGACAGCAUCAGGUGGUGUUGGCGGAGUUCGUACAGUCAUCUCGCGCCAGCACGAGAUCGUACUGCGCUCAGUGUACCCACACGCUGACUCGGAGCUGCGCAACGCCCUUUGCGAGCAGCUGGUGGCACUGUUGGAUAUCUACUUGGGUGGUUAUGUGGCCCAGCUAAACUCCCUGCAGCAGCAGAGGCCUCCAGGGGCCCAACAGGAACGCUACAACAGCUUAGAGAUGGAGUACAGCCAGUGCCGCUCCGAGCUGCUGGCACCGCUCUUGGAGCUCGGUCAGUACCAGUGGGUGGCAGCGCUGGCUGAGAAGUACUGUGACUUUGACAUCCUGGUUCAGAUGUGUGAGCAGACCGACAACCAGAGCCGCCUGCAGCACUACAUGGCCAAGUUUGCCGACCAGAACUUUGCCGACUUCCUGUUUCGUUGGUACAUGGAGAAGGGGAAGAGGGGGAAGCUGCUGUCCCAGCCGGCAGCUCAGCACCAGCAGCUCGCCAGCUUCCUCCAGGCUCACCAGCAUCUCAGCUGGCUGCAUCACAUCCACAUCCACGACUACCAAAGUGCCCACAGGUCUCUGUACAACCAAGCCAACUUGGAAACUCGUUACUUUGUGAAGAAGAAGACGCUGCUGGCUCUCAGUAAGCUGACGGUGCUGGCAGCUGACCUGCCAGAGAACCAGCUCACCAAACAAGUCGAAGACAUUGUGGAGCAGGAGCGCUUCCUGCUGCAUCAGGAGACUCUGCCUCGACAGCUGCUGGAGGAGAAGCAGCAGAACCCCGACACUAUGCCUCUGCUCAGUGCUCACAACCUCAUACAGCUCUACAUCUGUGAUGACAACAGGCGAGCCAACGAGUAUGACUUCAAAAAGGCGCUGGAUCUGCUGGAGUACAUCGAUGAGGAGGACGCUGUGGACAUUGACGCGCUCAAAUGCGAGAUCUUCGGCAAAGCACUCAGGAGAGAUGACUGGUCUUCUGCUGAUGGGAACGAUGACCCUCUGGAAGCAACCAAAGACAGCAUCUUUGUCAAGAUCCUCCUCAAACUCAUUCAAGAAGGUGUUUCUCUGCAGACCUAUCUGCCCGACAUCAAAGAGCUGCUGGAGCUGGAGGAGCUCAGCAGCUUGAAAUCAAAGCCUUAUUUUGAGUUCGUCCUUCGAGCUAAUUAUGAACAUUACUGUCAAGCCCAGAUGUGACGACCGCCAAAUCCCCCAGUGAAACACUGUGCACUUCAGCUUUUCUUUGCUUUCUAAUAAUUGUCAAGAUUUGUUUAAAUUGUACUCUUUUCUAAAUAAAUAUGUUGGUUUUACCUUGACUAGUACUUUUCAGUAUAGUUUUUCAGACACUGUUACUUUAUUCCUCAAAGACGAGCCCAUAGAAACUCAGUUUUCUCUUUUCAGUUCCUGACCUUUGGGGACAUUUGCAAAACACAUUUAACAGCAAUAGUGACAAGUGUACAUAUUUGAUAAAGGAUCAUUUAGUGUAAAGAAAUUGUUAAAUAAUAUUAGUAAUAGUUAAUUGUUAAAAGGAGAGACAAAAAAAAGAACAUCCAGAAAGUAAAAGACAUGGCAAAUUUCAGUUCUUUGUAUCCAAGCCCUCUUUAUUCAGUAAUCUGGGCAAAUGUGUGCAAAAAAAAAGAAAACAGCAAACCCGGUGAGCUGUGAGAGUGGGAACAAACAAGCCACACUAUUUUCAUCCAUCCACUGACAACCCUUUUUAGUACACUGAGGUUCAGCUAUAAACAUGAGUGGCUGUGGCUCAGGAGGUAGAGCCGGUCGUCUACUUAGAAGGUUAGUGGUCCAGUCCCUGGAUGCUCCGGAGUGUCCUUGGGCAAAGUGCUUAAAUUCAGGUUCAGUAUGUUCUUCAUUGUGUGUGAAUGUUAGAAAGUGCUUGCAUGAAUGUGUGCGUGAAUGAGACGUGCUGUAUAAAAUGCUUUGGGUGCUUAUGCAGAGAAGAAAAGUGCUAUAGAAGAAACAGGCCAUUACAUGUGA